AUACUCAUGCCUCUACAAAAUUGAUAAAUUGCUUUCUCUUCUUUCCCUUGAUUCGGCACUAGGUGGAGCUAUUUUGCAAGAAGUGGAAUUUCAAAGGUCAACGCACCUUCAAAAUGGAAUCCAAAUCGAAUUUGUCUCUUAAGCAUCAAGUGAAGUAUCCAGUUGACCUGUCCUCUCAGGAUUACAGCGAAUUGAAUUCUGACUCUGGUGAAUACCUAUCAUGUCUCCAUUUAGGUACAAAGUCCAUUAUUCUUCCUGGUGGAGCAAAGGUGAAGAUAACCCAUGAUAACAUAGGUCACCUGAAGCUGUUUGGUGACGAUGAUCCACCGCAUUCUGUUUUGACCCUCCAUAUGCCGGGAGAUGAAACCCAAGUGGUUGCAUUGUAUUUGCAUGGAAAAUGGUGGCCCAUCAGAGAUGUUCUGAAGACAUCCAGCAUACACAGAAAUGGGCUUGUGUUUGUAGAGUCAGUGAUGGAGAAAGUUAUACUGUUCCUGCUCAGUCAGAUUGUGUUUGGGGUGUUGGAGAGGCCUCUCGGAGAACACUUGUACUUCUCCAUUCAUCCUGCACGGGAGCAUGGCAAACUCUUGUGGCAAGAUGGAGAAGCAGUUGGCUUUUACACCAUAAAAAAGAAAGGAAGCCUUGGCAGUGGGUUCACUGGUCAAAGCUAUCUUCUCCCUGUGCUGGACACUGUGUUCGUACGCACCCACUGGAGGAGGAGAGGGCUGGCCCUGCACAUGCUCCAGGACUUCUGCAUGUCCAUGCCCACAGAGACGGUGCUGGGAAUCAGCUAUCCCAUAUCCCCCAGCAUGUAUGCAGUAUGCAAGAAGUACCUAGAGACCCACCAGGAACAAAGAGAACGUCUCUAUGAAGUAGAGGCUCCAGGGGAAUGGAGUCAGAGACGCAACGUGUGGUUAAACGUACAACUCCAGUCCCACCCAACACAGGGUCCUGGAGUCCAUGUCACCAACCAGCACAGAGUCAAGAAGACCUCAAAGGAGCUGUGUACAGAAGCGACUAGUCAACCAGGUUGUGUUCAAUAAGUGUAAAAAAGCCAAGACAUCGUAUUAAAUUCUGUUGCACUGAGUGGGUUUAGAUGUGGAAGGUUCCCAGCAAGCUAUGCUCGAGAUGUUAGUCAUAUAUCGGGGACAAUAUCAGUCUCCUGCAUCACCAUCAAAGUUUUUAUUUCUUUGAUUGACGCCGUGUUCAAAUUUUAAAUGGAAAUGGGAACUAUUAGAUUCUUUUCACGAUCACAGGUUUACAUUACUGAUACAGAAUAUAUUUGUUAAACAAAGUCAAUGAACACAAUGAAAUACUUAAUGAAAUACUAAUAAUGUAUUAAUCCUAUUCUGUAUAUAAGAUAUAGUAUGUUUAUUAUAGUUAUCAGCAUUGAGCAAUUUUGAGUAAAAUUUGGGCAAAAAACACUUCAGUUUGUCAAGAAGAGGAUAUGUACAGUCACUGAAAUAGCAAAAGGUCUGCCAAGAAGAAAAUCUUUGUUCAAAACUAUGAUGAUUAUGACUUCACACAAAUGAAACCUGUCAGGCAGUAUCAACAGUGGCAACAAUGACCAAAUUUGAAAAAAAUCUUUAUGGUCUCAACUUAGAUAGCAGAUCAAUAGCUUCACAAAGCUCUACUAUAGAAUUGCAUUUGAGGAAACACCCUUAAGUAUGUGCAGCAGUUCCCAUAACCUAAUGUAGAGGAAACACAACAUUGACUUUGGUCUUUCAGUCUCCUUCUUGUACAUCUGGAAGGGUUUUCCUUUUUAGAAAGACAAAUGCGGCCUUCAACUCAGGCUUCCUGUUUCUUUCCAAGUCUUCAUGAUAAUGGGUCCCUGAAGAAGGGUCCAGUUUCUGGCUUUUCAAGGAUUGCAUCAGCACUUCAGUUCCUCAUUACUGACAUUUUGAUGUAUAGUCCUAUGUUUAUUAUUUUGACCACCUAUGGAAUAAAGGUUUGAGUGUUUGUUGAGGCAAUUUCUCUCAUAAGUAAAAGCACAUUGCUGUGGUCAUUUGGUGCUUUCAGCUUUGUGUUAAUAUGUUCUAACAUAUGAAAUCUAGUUUGUAUUUUUUGUUGCAUUACUUGCAAAAACAACUUCACAAUUCAGAAACAGUUUUACUGGCAUCAGAAUUGGCUGGAAAAUGCAUUACAAACAUUACAUUUGACAUAUUACUAAUUAUCUAUUUAUAAUAUUUUUCACUUCUUUUGUUUAAAAAAUAGCUAAAAACAGAUUUGCAUCUCUUUUUUUCUAAAUGUCUGCAUGUUCUUGUUGAUUUAGUUCAAGGCCAUGUUUAGACUUAAGAGCCAAGGCUAAACCGAUAUGCAUAUUCUGCCAGCUAUCAACAAAAAUGAUCAUUUCAAUGUCUCUGUUUUUAACUGGGUUUCUUUUCUUUAAAAAACAAAACAAAAACAAAAACAGCUGUUAAUUGGAUCUGUGCUGAAUGAUUAAGCUUAGUUUGCAAGCCUCUCUAGAUUGUCAAUGGAACUGAGGCUUGGGCCCCUCUGUGGCAUUCUCCUUUAUAUUCUAACCUCUGCACCACGGCUGAUUUCUAUAGAAAGACUGCUGCAGAUUGUAAUGUUAGCCUUUAGCCUUUUAACCAGACAGAAGCCAGUUUUUUGCCUGUAUCUCCUAGUGGUUAGGUGUCAUGCCACAGCCUCUAUCUAGCAAGAAACGCACAUAUGUACCCUCAAAUCCCCAUCAGUCAACAUCAUCAGCUACUCCCCUGUUCUCAAUCUCCCAAGUAUUAGUCAUACUGUUCACGCUUUGCGUGGUAGCCUACUUCUGCCUGCAGUCAAGCCACUGCUUCACACUUCCACAUUAUUUCCUGACUCUAUUCUAUGCUGUUUAAACGAUUUCCUGUUUUUCUUAAUAAAGCGCUGUGCCACCACUUGUGUCUCACUCCUGUGUUAAAUGCAACAUUAGGUUUUUUGUGGGGGAGAUACUGCAAUGUUCAUGUGCUUCCAUAGAUCAAAGCCAAUGUUUGCACGUAUACCCGGCCCAAUGCUUCAAAUGUUUUGUCAAAGUAAAUAUAUUAAAAAUGUGUGUGUGCCCAUUUAAGGCUUGUCUGGGGGGGUUGAGCUGAGGGAAGGGCAAGGACUCCUAGAAUGCCAUGGGCCUCUCCACACUUUAUUUAGUUUAAAAUUAAUGUGUUUAUGUGCUGUUUUAAAUAGUUGAUCUGUGUGGUAUGUGGGUGUUUAUUUUAGUUUUGAUUAGAUUCGAGUGUUCAGAAGAUUGUUACUGUCCCUGUGUUGAAUAUGUGUUUUAGUUACCCUACCACGUUUUUCUAAUUAGCCAAGU